AUGGAUCCUAGAGUGGAUGGAAUUCUGACGGUACUUCAGGAAGUGGGAAUUUUAAUGGGUAGACAGACCGAAGAGCGAAAUGCCACUGUCGCUGCUGCUGCUGAGGCCGUUGUUGCCGCUGCCAAUGGGGCCAAUGGAAAUAACGGAAACCAUGGGAAUAAUGGGAAUGCUGGGAACCCAGGUCAAGGUCAAGUAAAUGUAAAUAGGCCGAUGUCUAAGCUGAUUGAGCAGUUUCUGAAGUUGAAACCCCCAAGGUUUGAUGGGAGAGACCUACGGUCGCCGCUUGUCGUCCUGCCGCCGUACCACCCCGGCUCCGCCCUAGUCGAGCCGUGCCACCGCCCGUCGCCGCUCGGCCUCCCUUGCCGGCCCACCCGAGCUGCACGCAGGUGUCGUCUCCGCCCGAACAAGCAGACGCCGCCCUUCACCCAGCCAUUGCUAGCCCCGCCACCGCGCGUCGUCUACCCAGGCUCGCCCGUCGCUGCCCCCGACCGCUGCCGUCACCCCUACCAUACCACCACCACCCCGACGGCCGCACACUUCCCCCUCCCUCUGUUUUGCCUCACCGACCUCCCACCUCUGCGCUCGUGCGUCCGGCCUGACGUUCGGCCGCCCUUCGCCGUUGUUGUCAUCGUCUGUCCAACCGCUCCCUUGCCCCCUGGCCGACUGCUUCUUGUGCAAGCAGUAGCUCGCCGCCGCGCCCUCCGCGGCCUAGCACCGCCCAGUCGCUGCGCCGGCCGCCGCUGCUCCCACCACCACCAACCCAAUUCCCGUCAGCCACCGUCUCCGCCGCUCAGCUCGCCGUUGCCGUCGUCGCCGACUCGCCCAGCAGCUCGCCGGCCGCUCCCCGCCCAGCUCGCUUGCCGGCCAGCUCGCUCACCAGCCCCGCUUGCCGGCCAGCUCGCUCACCAGCCCGGCCGCGCGCCAGCUACUCUCCAGCCGCGUCUCCGUCCGCCCAACCACCCAGCUGAGCCGAUGCCCCGGUCGUUACCGAAAGCCUACUCACCUGGCCGCUCGCCCGGCCGUGGCCCGUCGCCCGUCGUGCCCGUCGCUGUGCCCGUCGCCUUGCCCUGCCGCGGCCGAGCAUUUUACCCGUGGACGAGGGCCGUGCCGAGGACCGUGUCGAGCGCCGAGCCCGUGCCCGAGGACUGUGCCGAGCGCCGAGCCCGUGGCCGUGGGCCGCGCAGAGAAUUUUGCCAGUGGCCGACCGUUGUGCCGACCGCCAUACCGAGCCCGACGCCGAUCCGAUCGGUCAUUUUGCCCAUCCUUGGUCCCCAUUGGCUUGGAACCUAG